AUUCUAGCUAAUGCAGACGAAAUAAAUAGUGGGAUAGUUACAGUCUAACAUUUGAUUUUCCUUUUCUAUAGCUUUUAAGCACUAGAUUGAUAAAUAAUUGUGGAAUAUUAAGCGCAAAGAGCCGGUCUUCGAGAUUCGGGAGACUGGCUGAUGUCUGAUUCUUUCCCGUAUUAUUAAAUUUGUAUCUGAGAGAGCGAUAAUAGAGGAAUGCGGAUUAUCAAACCCGGUUGGGUUCAUCACAACAAUGAACCGAUUUUCUCAAUCGAUAUUCAUCCUGAUGGAAGUAGAUUUGCUACCUCGGGUUCAAGUAGUGGAUUUGGAAGUGGUAAAAUAUGCGUUUGGAAUAUGGAACCUAUUAGGAGUGAAAAUGUUGAGAAGAAAGACAAUGUCUCUAAGCUAUUGUGUUGUAUGGAACAACAUUUGGGAUGCGUAAAUUGUGUUCGAUGGUCAAAUGACGGCGUCUAUCUUGCCUCAGGAGCCGAUGAUAAAUUUAUCAUAAUAUGGAAAUUACAAGAUCAAACAACUAAUUAUGUUGAGAAUUGGCGUUGUAUAUCAACUCUCAGAGGACACGACGGCGAUGUUCUACAUGUUGCUUGGUCACCAAAAGACAAAUAUUUGGCAUCAAGCAGUGUGGAUAAUGCUGUAAUUGUUUGGAACGCCAAUAAAUUCCCGGAAAAAGUGGCAACAUUAAAAAAACAUAAAGGUUUAGUAAAAGGUGUUUGUUGGGAUCCUCAAGGAAACUAUAUUGCAUCUCAAUCCGACGAUAAAACAUUAAGAAUUUUUUCUGUGGCAAACUGGACUGAAGUAUUUACUCUAAAAAAACCUUUUGAUGAAACUUCGCCAACAACGCAUGUUCUUCGUUUGGAUUGGUCACCUGACGGAGCUUAUGUAGUGUCUGCACAUUCAAUGAAUAAUGGCGGGCCAACAGCUCAGAUUAUUGAUCGAAACGGAUGGACAACCAACUUAGAUUUCGUUGGCCAUAGAAAAGCUGUUACGGCUGUACGGUUCAAAAGGGAUAAAUUUAAAGGAGACCAUUGCGUUCUAGCUUUAGCUUCAAGAGACCGAAGCGUUUCAGUUUGGAGAACAGAUUACACGAGGCCAGUAUGCGUUAUGCAUGACUUGUUCAAUGCCAGUGUUCUAGAUGUCUCAUGGGGAUAUGGUAAUAACAAGGAGUUAGCUUGUUGCUCUUCAGAUGGGAGCGUCGCUUUCUUUACAUUUACAACUGAUGAAAUUGGAAAACCAAUUGUAAAGAAAAUCUUGAGCGUCGAAAAACCAAUAAAGAAAAUUGAACCAGAAAAAAUAGAAAAAGUCAGAGCAUUAUCUACUUCGUCUCAGAGUUGUUCACCAAAAAAACAAAUUGAAAGGCAUACGGCUGAAGGUCGGCGACGUAUAACUCCAGUAUUACUAGGACGCCCAGGAGAUACUCUUACUUAUGAUAAACCUAUGUUUUCGUCAACAACGGAAUCUUCUCAAAUUAUCGUUGAGAGAAGGAAUUCUGAAGGUCCUAGAGGACAAUCAUCUAAACGUCGGUGCUCUUGUGGGGACGAUGAACAUUUAAGGAAGAGGCCAAGAUUAGAUUCUGAAGUUACUCACAAAGUCGUCGUAUGUUCUGACAAGUCAAGCUUUUUGCAACCAGCGUCAUUAGAAAAGUUUGAUUUUGGUGAUUGGAAAAUAAUAGAAAGUUCCGUUAGCAUAGAUGGAUUAUUCUUUUUAACGAAAUUUAGGAGCGAAGUUAAAGGAUUAGAUUCGUUACUUACUUCCGCAUCAAAGCUCAUCUCACUUAAACAGAUAAGAGAUAACAUUGUUUGUUGCUUCUUUUUGAGUGGCCAAUGUUGCAUAUGGGAUUUAUUAGAAGAAAGUAACAUUGGACUUGCCUAUUCAUUCAGUCUGCCUGUACAUGCUGUUGAAUUUUAUGAAAAGAAGCAAACUCUAGCUGUAAUUGAUAUUGGUGGAAAUCUCUAUUUGAUGAGCGUAGAAAAUCGGGGAAAUGAAAUAGAUUUACAUUUCAAUAGAAAGAUUGAAUCUGCUCAUAUAUUUGUUGAAAAGAAGAAACGAUGUCAGAAUAUUGAAUUAUUAGACGAAGGUUCUAUCAGAUUAACGUUCAGUGAUCGUUCGAUAUAUAUCCACGAUUCAAUUUCGAAUCUAUGGCGUCCUGAGGUUGAAAAUGACAUUUUAUCAGUUAGCAAUAAAUACUCAACGUUCUACGAUGGACGACCUUCUCAUAUGGCUGCUGUCUCCGAUUUGAGAAGGAAGUUACAAUAUUGCUUAUACAAAAAGGAAUCUGAAUCAUAUAUAUUUUAUUUCAAUUGUCUCAUUACCGAGCUGGUUGUAGAAAAGAAGGAAAGUGUUUUAAAACAGUAUGUUAAUAAGAAUUUGAUGCCUUUCGCUUACGCCAACUAUCCGAAAGAAUUAAGAAUGGUAGAGAACUUGAAUGUCGAUAAAAGAAUGUUACUGCAAUGUGUCUUGAGAAUUUUAGAAGAAUUCGGUACAAUGAGAGAUUUAUAUGAAUAUAUAAAAAGAAUCUAUGAUGGAAUGAAUUACGACAUAGAUAUGGAAGAGGAUGUUAGUGAGGUGGAAAAGAAUGUUAAGAAAGUAAUUCAAUUCUUAAAAAAUGGUAACACCAGCAUUGAAGAACUUCGAGCUCAAAUGGUUGGCAAAAUUCAAGAAGCAUCUAUGGAAACUGAGGAAAGCUGUGAUGUGUUUGAAAGUUACACAAGUCAACCUGCCGAUAAAGCUGAGAAAACAAGCGGUGAGAUGAGCGUUAGUGAUAUGGAAACUAGCUUAGAUAAACAAACCGAAACUGUUUCGAAGAAUGAGACUAAUUUAGUUAAAGAAACAGAUAAAUCUGCCGAACAGGAAAAGACUGUCAUUGAAAAGAGCAUCGAUAUUGAGAAAAUGGGAGAGGACUCAAGUUCAGAGGAAGCAAAGACAUCGCACACUACUAAUACCAAUACUACCACUACUACUACUACCACUGCUAGUACUGACGAAGAAGAUCAAACUGUUCAAGUUGUUCUUGAUGAGCUCAUUAAGAAUAUUGAAGAGAGAAAAACUGGAGAUGAUCACACAUAUCAUAAAUCUGCUUUAGAAAAUCCUAUCGUAGAACAAAUUAUAUUGGAUGACGAAUCCGAGUCAAAAAGUGACUCUUCUCAAGAUAUUUUAAAGAAGAUUAUAGUUACAGUUGAAGAGGAAGAUGAAACUUCACCAAGAAUCGAAGACGACAUUGUAUGCGAUGAAGAAAUGGGCGAAAUUAUUCAAACUGAAGAAGUUGAAAAUACAAAAGAGAUGUCAGUUUUAUGCCCAGAAAUUGAAAGCGAAUCGUUAGACAUGAAUGAUAAAGAUACAGGGAAGAGUGAUAAGAAACAACGUAAAAAGUAUGAAAUAUUAAAGGAAUACGGUAUUGCCUUAAAGAAAACAAUAGGAAAAGGAAGUUACGCAAUAGUUAAAUUAGCCUUUUCCAGUGAAUUAAAUUUCGAUGUUGCAGUUCGAAUAGUAUCACUUGAGAGAGCUGGUCGUAAAGUACGCGAGAAGUUCUUACCAAGAGAAUUAGACAUAGUUAAAAUUCUGAAUCAUCCCAAUAUCGUAUUCUAUUAUCAAAUAAUCAAAACCAAUUUGAAUGUUUAUGUAAUCAUGGAAUACGCUGGUGAUAUAAAUUUACGAGAUGAAUUGGAAAAACAUAAAUUCUUUGAAGAAUGGAAAGCGGGAGACUUUUUUAUUCAAAUUACAGAUGGAGUUUUCUAUCUCCAUGAAUUGGGUGUAGCACAUCGCGAUUUAAAAACAGAAAAUAUCCUAUUGGAUGAAAGAGGGAGGAUAAAAAUAACUGACUUUGGAUUUUCCAGGUUUAGCGAAAGGUUACUCGACGGUACAUACGAAUUAAGUAAAACUUUCUGCGGUAGCUAUUCUUUUGCUGCUUAUGAAAUUCUUUGCGGUACACCCUACUUUCCACUACCAGCUGAUAUUUGGAGUUUAGGUGUUAUUUUGUAUAAUAUGGUCGAAGGUCAUUUACCAUUCGAAGAGACAAAUUUACAUCAUUUAAUUAAAGCAAUUGAAAAAAAAGGCGCAGUCUUUGCUGUUGAUAAAGGCUCUAAAGACUAUAUUAGCGUAGUUAAAGGUAUGUUAGCUAUCAAAUAUGAAAAUAGAGAUAUAAUGUCAUUGGUCAAUAGAAUGAGAAAUAUUGUCUUGAUUGGAGACUCCCUUACCCAACAAGCCUGGAACGAGAACGCUGGUGGAGGCUGGGGAGCAAAGAUAGCUGAUUAUUGUCUAAGGAAUUUUGAUGUUUUAAAUAGGGGACUAAGUGGAUAUAAUACAAGGUGGGUGGAGACCGCCAUUUUAGAAGAAAAAGAUUCAUUUAUUACGAAAUCUAUGCUGAACAAUGCAGUCUUGGUGACAUUGUUUUUCGGAGCAAAUGACGCAAGUACGGAGGUACAGCAUGUACCACUAGAAGAAUUUAAAGAGAAUUUAGUCAAGUAUGGAGAGUAUAUAAAGAAUCAUGCACCGUCAGCAACUCUUGUUCUCCUGACUCCUCCUCCAGUCAUAACCAAACUUUGGCCCAAUAGAAAUAAUGAAAAUGCAUUAAAAUAUUCAAAAGCAGUUAUAGAGGCAUCUAAUGUCCUAGAAUGUCCUUGCCUGGAUGUUUACUCAAGCAUGAUAAAAUUGGACAACUGGCAAGAAUGCUUAUAUGAUGGUAUUCAUUUAGCGCCAAAAGGUGGCGAUAUCAUAUUUAACUUAAUUAAACCAAUCCUAAAAGAGUUGUUGAAAAAAUAUCCAAACAAGAUUCUCCCAGAUUGGAAAGAUUUUGCCAAUUUACCACUAACAGAGUAG